ACUCAUUUCUUCCUAGACUUAUACAUAUGAAUAUAAAGUUUCCCUCUAACUCUAUAUAAAAGUUAUGCGUAUAAAAAGCAACAAACAGUAGUAAAGCAACUGGUGAGUAUUUGUUAGUUUAAGAUUGUCAAGUCGAGAAAAGAGACGAUCAAUUUUUUUAGAAUAUAUUGAAUGACCGAAAAUCUAUAUUGCUUUUUAUUAUAGAAAUCAAAAAAAUAAACAUAUAUUUUGAUUAAAAUUUCGAUAUUUGGCAAAGGAUUUUUCAAUAUUAAAAUAAAUUUACUUUUUGAGUUUAUAAAGGAAAAUGACAGUUUUCUUUUACAAUAAAAAACUACGGUCUUUAACUAUUUUAUUCAAUAAGAUUGGACCUUUUGAUUGUCAUAAAUAUAGGAAAAUCAUUACAAUGUAUGCUUGAUUAAGGCGCCAUCUAUAUCUUGUGUCACAGGUUUUGGUCUACACCUACACUCCUUACGAAUUCAAGUUUAUCCACAAUGAAUUAUACCGAUGAUAUCCCUGUUUCAAGGGUGGAACUUCAGAUUAGUUGCAACAAACUACUUAAUAUGGAUUUUGCAAGCUAUUCAGAUCCAUUCUGUGUUUUAUACAUGACAGGUCCUGAUGGCAAUGCCUUUCACGAAAAAGCUAGAACCGAAACAAUAAAGGAUACAUUAAAUCCAUCAUUUGUUACAAGUUUCGAAAUUGAUUAUUACUUUGAAAAAAUUCAACGAUUACGAUUUGCUGUAUAUGAUUCCGAUUCAAGUAAACGAGAUCUUGAAUAUCAUGAUUUUCUGGGGGAUAUGGAAUGUAAUUUAUCCGAAAUUGUAUCGCAAACAGUGCUUACUAGACCUCUUGGCCCUGUUAAGAAUAAAACUAAUACUGGAAUCAUAACCGUGAGAUGCGAAGAAGUUAUUGCAUGUAAAGAAGCUUUUACUAUGGAAUUUCAUGGAAGAGAUUUAAAUUCGAAAGGUUUGUUUUCUAGCUCCAGCCCUUUUUUGGAAAUUACGAAAUCAACUGUAAACGAAGAUGAACAACACGUAGCAAUUUAUAGAACUGAACCUGUGAAAAAUACAUCGAAACCUUCUUGGCCAUCGUUCAGAUUGAAGGCCCAAAAAUUAUGUAAUGGAGAUUUUGAUAGACCCUUAAAAUUUAAUAUUUAUAAUUGGAAAUCGAGUGGAAAGCACUCCCUUUUUGGUUCGUUCACAGCGACCGUUAGAGAUUUAAAGAGAGGUCCUACGACAGAUAAUAUUUUUCCAGUAAUAGACGAGAAAAAGGCCCACAAAAAAAGUUACUCGAACUCUGGUACUGUUUGCUUAGUGAACUUUAGAGAAGAAGUCGAAUAUAGUUUUAUUGACUUUAUACAAGGAGGCUUACAAGUUCACCUAUCCGUUGCUGUUGACUUUACUCAAUCGAAUGGAGAUCCCGCCCAAAGUGAUAGUCUUCACUAUCAUACUUCAACACGACAUAGCCAAUACGCUUACGCUAUUGAAGCUGUCGGUAGUAUUAUUCAAGACUAUGAUUCGCAAAAACAAUUCAUUGGAACAGGCUUCGGCGCGAAAAUGCCUGAUGGAACAGUCUCUCAUUGCUUCAAUCUUUCAAUGACAUCUGAUCCAACUAGUCAUUCUGUUGGUCAACUGCUGCAACAAUACUAUGAAUGCCUUAUGAAAAUUAAAUUAUAUGGUCCUACUAACUUUGCUCCAACAAUAAAUGCACUUGCUAGCUCUGUCAGACAGAAUCUUAACGGCCAUUACUAUAUACUGUUAAUAGUUACCGACGGGGUAAUAACUGAUAUGGCACAAACAAAAUCUGCAAUUGUUUCAGCAUCUGGGCUACCCAUUUCAAUAAUUAUUGUUGGAGUGGGUUCAGCAAAUUUUUCUGCAAUGAACGAAUUAGAUUCAGACGAUGUUAAAUUAACGAGUGGGGGAAGAACUGCUGAAAGAGAUAUUGUUCAAUUUGUACCGUUCAGAGAAUGUCAAAUUCAAAGCCAAAAUUGUCCAGGAACUUUUAAAGCAAUAUUAGCGAAGGAAGUUCUAGCCGAAGUACCCGAACAGAUAACUGGAUAUAUGAGAUCAAGAGGAAUUAAACCCGGACAAAGAUAG